AUGAAGAAGAAGAUGAGAAAUUGGGCCGAACUCCCAGAAGACCUACUCGUUCUAACUGCGAACAAAAUAACUCUCUUUGAAGAUUUUCUCUCUUUCAGCGGAGUUUGCAGGUCAUGGCAUUCUGUCGCAAUCAACGACAAUUUCAAAGGAUCUGAACAAAUCCCAUGGCUUAUGCUCUCUGACAAAGACAAACCCGACGAGCGUAAGUUUGUUAGCCUGAGAAAAGGCGGCGUUAUUCGCACUGUCAAUCUACCAGAAGUAAGGGGAAAACGAUGCCUGGAAACUUUGGGUUGGUUAGUUACCAUAGCCGAAGACGGUGAGAUUAAUCUACUCCAUCCUUUCACUCGAGUUCAAAUAAAUCUUCCCCAUGUCACUACCUUCAAAGACUACCGCAGGAAAAGACGUUACGACAAUACGAGUUUCAUACAUAAGGCCGUCUUGUCUUCACGCCCGGAGGAGAGCAAAGAUUACGUACUCGUGGUUAUACAUGGAAACUGCGGACAUCUUGGUUAUUGGAGACCUGGAGAUGAGUCCUGGACCGAUGUCAAAAUCUCUCUGCUUUACUUCCGUGAUAUCAUUUUUCAUGAGGGACUAUUUUACGGGGUCGUUGGUAGGGGCUUUGUUUUUGCUUUCAACGUUUGGGGGCCUGACCCGACUCAGCCAUGGAUUGCUUUGCAUGCACCAUACAUGUACGAAGGCACUGCAAUGAAAGAGCAACUGUUUAUUGUGGAAUCUAAAGGGGUGGUACUAAUGGUGAUUCGUUAUUUAUCGAGGCCGUAUUUUUGGGACGCCAAUCACUAUGUUCCGGAUAAUACGAAUAGGUCAAGGGUUGAUUACCGAACAUGCAGGCUUCAAGUGUUCCAGGCUGCUCUAAGAGAACAAGGGCAAUGGUUGGAGAUAACGAGCUUAGGUGAUAAUGCCGUAUUCUUGGGAGACAAUGCUUCCGUCUCUGUUGAUGCCUCAAGAUUUCCAGGAAUUAAGGCUAAUUGUAUCUAUUACACCGACGAGUAUUGGGAAUUUCGCAAACGAGGAGGAGUACUAAGACAUACGGGUAUCUAUUGCUUGGAAGAUGGAAGCAAAAGUCCUUGCUAUGAAGAGGAGUCUUUUAAUCCGAUAUGUCCACCUUUGUGGGUUAACCCAUCGUCUUUUUGA